AUGGAAGAGCCUACAUCUCCAUCUCAAGAAGAUCCUGAUCAAAACUCAGGCCAUAUCACAAUAGAAGACCCAUCAAAAUCUGCAAACCCUAAUGACCACCCUCAUGGCUUUUCCGCUGAAAACAUUUCUUCCAAAAAACCAAAAAUUGAAAUCCCUACACCUCAAGAAACCGAAAACUUAGAAGAAGAAAAGAGCCCAAACUACGAAAUCAAAUUUUCCAAUGAUAAAGGCGAAGGAGGGGAAGGCCACGACUCAUUUAUUUCAGACCAUGAAGGCCGAAAAGCAAGCUUAGGCAGCUCAAUAAACCUUGAUGACCUUCGAGAAAAAGAUUUAAUUUCAACAGAAGAAAUGGAAAGAGCUAUUAUUGAGCGCUGCAAAGAAGAACACUGCUUAUAUGAAGACGAAGAUUUCCCUGCAGCUCCUACUUCUCUAUAUAAUGAUCCUGACAAUAUUCCAGAAUAUGAUCGUGGGAUGGGCUGCGAAACUUGGGUAAGACCAAAAGAUAUAGCUGACAACCCUGUGCUUUUUGCGAAUGGAAUUUCUCCAGGAGAUAUACAACAAGGAUCUCUUGGUGACUGCUGGUUUAUGGGCUCGCUGUGCUGUCUAGCGAUUUAUCCUAACUCACCCCUCUGUGAGCGAGCAAAACCAUUGGAAAAAGCCUUUUUUUUUGGCAAACCCAACCUUAGCAAACAAAAAUUUUUUAUGAAAAAAUUUUGAUACAUAAGUGAUAAUUAGUAUAUAUAGCAAUUUAAACAUUAAUUACAAAUAUUUGCUUUCCAAUUGGGGAAUUGUUCUAAUUUCAAAACAAAAAAAUUUAUAAAUUGAAAAAAAAAAAUUAACUACUUCCAUGAGCGAACAAAAUUUUUUGUUCGCUUAUGGGGGUGGAGAGUAAGUUACUAGAAAGGCUCUUUGUUAACACUGAAUUCAUGCUGGAAUAUGGUUUCGUCACUUGCCAGUUCUUUAAAAAUGGCGAAUGAAAGCAAGUGAUUAUUGAUACAAGAAUCCCUUACAACUCCAUAAAUAAAAUGGUGACGUUGACAGAAAUUGGCCUCCGAGGCUCAUUCUCUAUAAAAUAGAUUGGACCCAUUCUGAUGAAGCUGAAAACAGGGCCUCUGCUCCUUUUUAAAGUAGGCCUUUAUGCUCGAUAAGCCUUGCCGAAGAUGGAAAUUUUGUUUCUCUUCGAGGCUUUCCUGUCCCUACCAGAUGGGCUAGCCAGAUUUUGCCUCUCACAUUUUCUUCGUCUAUCGGGACUAUCGGACCACACUACAGUGGGUGGCUCUAUCCUAGGGAGCUGAUCCUUAGGCUAGGCAAGUUUCGCCAGAAAAUUGAAGAGGGUGGAAUUUUGGCUGGGCCUUACACCAUUACAUUCAGAUAUAUAGAAAUUGCCCGAGGAUGGCGCUAUAUUGCGCCAUCCUCGGGCAAUUGGAGACACGACUCCACACGGGAAUUGUGUUCCACGUGUGGAGCCAUUUUUCCACGUGGGAAAAUAUGGAUUCCACACGUGGAAAAAUGGCUCCACACGUGGAAUACGGUUCCCGUGUGGAGCCAAUUUUCGCUUGCCCUAGGAUGGCGCCAUAUAGCGCCAUCCUAGGGCAAAUCCUAUAUAUACACCCAGCUUAGGUUACCUUUCCUGGAGUCAAGGUAGUCCAUCUAGUGGUAUCCCGCUUAUGGCAUACUUAUUAAAAUAGCGACGGCGACCUUGUGGAAGGGAAUUUGGCGCUCGGUAUAGGUAUCCAGCUAGGUUUUUCCUUGGCACAGUGGAGCGCAAUGUCGAAUUUGGUCGGCCGCAGUUCACUCUGAUGGCAAGGUUUUCACCUCAGGGGAAAUGGAUUCCAAGGUUGGAAAGGAGAAGCUCAGCAGCACCAAUGAGGUUCCUCUUGGCCCAUCGGGCAACUCUCUAGCGUGAAGCUGGGGGUUACGUCCCAGGCUUUGGAUUUUCAUUUUGGCCGUGAGUCUGACCAGAAAAUUUGUUUUUUCAAAUUUUCCGAAUUAACAACUCUGUUGGCGUACGGUAUGGUGGCGAAACUCAUCCAACUUCGGGUAGCGAGUGCACAUCCUCGUCCAGAAGGAGUAACACUUUAGAAGGCCGUGGUCGGUCGGUGGUGAGCAGCCGAGUGGAGCGUAACGGGUGGAGGUAGGGCCCUUAAGUGGAACUUUUCUAUAUUUAAGUUAAUGUUAAUGUUAAGGUAUCCCGCUUAUGGCUAUAUAAAUCUAACCUUUACAACUCCAAUUAUGGAGCACCUAUUUAUGCACACUGCAAAGACCCCAACGAAAUGUGGCUCCCGCUAAUAGAAAAAGCUUAUGCAAAACUGCAUAGGACAUACGAAAAUUUAAACGGCGGCAAAAUGGCUGAAGCCUUGGUAGACUUAACAGGCGAAGCCAGCGAAAAAUUCAACCUAAAAGACCCAGACACAGCUUCACUGCUUGAGGGUGAUGAAUUUUGAAAUAGUUUGUUAAGGUAUUUUAAACAAGGAUGCUUGCUUGGCUGCAGCAACUCACUGAAAGAAAAAGAAGGAGAAAACGGAGAAGAAAUGGGAAAUGAUGGAAUUUGGAGCAACCACGCUUAUGGAAUUAUGGACGUUAGAGAUAUCCCCAAGCCUCAGCCAUUGAAACUGAUAAGAAUCAGAAAUCCAUGGGGUGAAGGAGAAUGGAAAGGAACCUUUGCUGACGAAGAUGAAGAAUGGGAUAAACAUAGAGGACUUAAAGACGAGCUUAAUUAUGAGUUUGGAAAAGAUGGAACUUGGUGGAUGGCUUAUGAUGACUGGAAAAAACAUUUUAAUAGGCUCUAUGUAUGCAGGAUGUUCCCAGAAAAAUGGCAGAAAUAUUCAAUUGAUGGGAAAUGGGAAGGAAAAACAGCUGGAGGACCGCCUCCAAUACAAAUUGAUAGAGAUGAAGAACUAGCCCAGCAUAUAAAAAUGGAUAGUGAUGAUAAAUGGUUUAACAACCCACAGUAUAGGGUUACUGUAAAGAAAAAAACUCAUGUGUUUAUAUCAUUAAUGCAAGCUGACCAAAAGCUGUCAGAAAAACCUUAUCUGCCUUGCAAUUUCCUGGUAAUCAAAACCAUUGAUAAGAAAAACCGAAUCUGGGAAAAAGACCAAGACGACGUAGUCGCUUCAGCUGCAGAAGGACUUCAAAGGUUCGCUCAAAGAGAAAUCACAAAAGAUCUUGUAUUAGAGCCUCCUGAAGGUAAAAAAGAAGCCCACUAUAUAAUAGUUCCAUAUUUAGAAAUUGAUGGAAAAAAACUUGAAGCUGAGACCUCCAAAAAAUCCAAAGGGAGAAUGUUUUGGCUAACUCCCCCCCAUCCUUGAUCGAACGAUUGACUGUAAAAAUUCCUAAAAAUUGGGAAAUUAACCCCCAUCCUUGAUCGAACGAUUUUCAUAUCAUGACAAUUUUUAUAUAAAAAUAUAUUAGUUAUCAAAAGCUUGGGAAGAUGUGCAUAAUUAAGUUGUUUUUAGAGACUUUGAGACGACAGAAAGCUUCGAAAUAAACCAUCCGAAGUGAUUUACUCAUCAGCCUAGGCUUAAAAACUCAAUAAUCUAAUAAAAUAGAGAUUCUUUAAAAUUUUUAAAAAAAAAAUUUAGUUUAAUAAGGAACAAAUUAAAAAUUUAUACAGUUUAAAAGGGUGACUAAUAAAUCAAAAUAUUAAAAAUUGAAUUUUUAUGAAAUUAAUUUAAUUUUUUUGCUGUAAAAAUAAAUUAUUAAAUACUCUUAACCCUCUUAUUCAAAAGUAAAUAAAAAAAAUAUAUAUAUAUAUAUUUUUUUAUUUUAUAUAUAAAAUUUUUUUCCCAAAAAUUUUUUUUUAACCCCCAUCCUUGAUCGAACGAUGGUGGGUCGUUCGAUCAAGGAUGGGGGGAGUAAGACUUUUUUCAAGCCAAUCAAUAGAAGUUCUAGAGUUACCAGAAACUUAUGAAAUCAUUGAGAAAGGAGAAUGGGCUGAAAAAACUGCUGGAGGAAGACGAACGCUUAGAAAUGGACGUGAUAAUCCAUUAUGGUGCAUAAAUCCUCAAUAUUUUUUAAAAGUCGAAACGACAACCCUAUUAAAAAUUAUUUUAAGAAAAACUGGGAAAUUCAGACAAGCUAAAGGAUUUACUGUAGGGAUGGUCUUAUGCCAUGCACCUGUAAGGGCAAAUACCAAAAAAAAUCUAAACAUGGGGACGAGAGGAAAAACACAAGUACAAGUCGCUGAUAGAGAUAUACCGGAAUAUGAAAGAGAAAGGAAGCUGCAGAUACUUGGAAAUGAAUGGUUUAUUGAGAGCCAUUAUCAGUAUGAUGAUUUUUCUUGCAUUUAUGAAAAGCUUGAGCCACAUCAUGGGCCAUAUUUAAUUGUUCCUUCGCUUAGCCAAGAAAAUAUUCAAGCUUUAUACUCUUUGACAAUUUACAGCAACUAUCCAGUGACAAUUGAAAGGCUGCAGGACUCAAAAAAUGUAGUCCUUUCAGGAGAAUGGAAAAAAGGAAACUCAGGAGGAUGCCAUUUGUAUGAGAGACCUUAUGCUAACCAAUUGGAAAAUCUUACCUGGGGAAAUAAUCCUAACUCUCCCCUCCGUGAGUGAGCAAAACCAUUAGAAAAUCGCUAUUUUUUGCCCAAAAACCCACCCUCCGUGAGUGAACAAAAAUUUUUUUGAUAGAAAAAUUUUGAUAUAUAAGUGAUAAUUAGUAUAAUGAAAUUUCGAGCUAAUUCUGUUUAAUUUUAAACAAAUUGCGUUUUUAAAACAUAAAUUUUACAAAUUAAAUUAAUAUUUGCCUUCCAAUUUUCGAGAAGUGGGAUUUUUUAAAAUUUCGAAAAAUAAUUUUUUCUAUAAAAUUUAUAUAUAAAUUUUUUUUAAAAAAAAAUUAGCACCUCUUUGAGUGAACAAAAUCUUUUUGCUCACGGAGUGGGGGAGUAAAUAUUUACUCAAAUUCUCAGGGAAUAACCCAAUUAGUGCUAAAAUCACAUUAAGCCGCCCAGAACGCUUAUGGAGCAGCAAAAUUGCAAGAAAAUCAGUCGGCUGUAUGAUGGCUCUAUAUUUAUUUGAUGGGAUCAUGACAAAACCUCAGCAAGAAAGAUGACUGAGAAAGCCUGAGUUUAUGCCACUGAAUGAAAUAGUAGAAAUUUUAGAUGAGCCAAACCCUAGUCCAAGUGGAUACAUGCUGAUGCCUACAACUUAUGAGAGCGGCAUGAAUGGACCAUUUGUAUUAUCAGUUUCUUCAGAAAAUGAUUUUACUCUGACUGAGAUCGUCGAGCAAGUUCAAUAA